AUGCAGCCUGGGCUCACCGCCGAGCCCCUACCCCGGGGCAGUCACCCCGGAGGCCCCACGGAACCCGAGCUUCGAGAGGAGAAUUGCUGCAGUCGGCCGGCGAAUAGGGAGAGCAGAAGGAUAAAACCCUUGCUGAGGUCUGCUUCUCCCUCUUCCACGAGAGACAGGAAACCUCUGCUCCACCGUCCUGUAGAUCUUGCCGCGGAAGAGACACCACUAUUUUGUACGUGUUGCUUGGCGUUUCUUCCACGUGAAUGUGAACACAAAAACCUGCGGGGGAAGGGGGGAGGGCGAGGAGUGAAAGAGGUGAGGGAAAGUGGGGGAAGACGACAGGAAAAUAGUUUAGAAGUUAUUCGGGAAAAGCACUUUACUGAAAACAACCUUCCGAUAGACGAUAAGUCUGUGCAGAGGGAUCAGAAGUCAGAAAUCAGAAGUCAGCGAGCGAGGUGCUGGGCUGAUGAAUCCCGGCUGAUUUAUUUCAUAGCGGGAAGACUUUUAUUUGGUGUGAGGAGGCCUAUCCGGGUGCCGCGGCGAGGUGUAAGCAGGAGGCUCCGGCCGCCUUUCGCACCCGGGCAGCUGGAGCAGGUGACGGUAACAGAGGCAGGGCGCUCGGAGCGGGGCUAUCGCGACAGGAGGAACUCUGUGAUAGGAGGCGAGACGGGCCUGAGGGCCGGGCCCUCGCCCAUUUACCGGAGGGACACGCCGGGACGGCGGGGUACACGGGGAUUUGUGGGGUACCCAGCGAAUUGCGGGGUGCCCAGCAAUCUGCACACACGGGCGCUGCAUACUGCAGGUUUUCCCCACCACAGGGGCUUUGGGGAGAGGGGAGUUUAUGCCAUGGGUCUCUCGCCCAGGCGGCUUAGCGUGACUCCCAGUGCGGUGGCCUACACUUUGUAUGAACAAAAGAUGCCUCGGACAAGCCGCGCCCCUUUCUCGCCGCGCCCGCAGCCGGGAGGGGCGGGGGCCGCACUGGGCCGCCCCCUCGAGCCGCGNAGGGAGGAGGCCGGGGUGGCGUCCCCUGGGCGCUGCCGGGCCGAGCCGGGCCGGGCCAUCUGCCCACCCGACAACUCUGCCUCCGCUCCACCUGCCCGGCCGCUUAAAAAUAGCCGCGGGGGCGGUCAGGCGGGCGGGCUGGGGAGGCGGUGUCCGCGGAGCAGCCGGCUGCGGCAGCGGGGGGCGGCGGCGGAGCGGGAGGAGCUGCAGAACGGGGACAAGGAAAACCGGGCGAAGUGCUGGAGGCACAUGAACGGCCCUCCUGUUUCGUUUUUCUGUACGGAGCCACCCGUGCUCUCUCCUAGCUGGGGACGGACUUUGAUACUGCCUUCGGUGUUUACAGAGGCGGUGCCCAGCUGUGCUAGGCGAGGAGCUGUAGCACUGAAGAAUCUGGAAAUAAAAGAAAAUGCACUGAGUCGUUUGGAUGUGCCAUUUAAAGUUAAAGCAGGACAUAUUAGUCAACUUAACCUACAGAUACCAUGGCAAAACCUUUAUACUCAACCUGUUGAGGCAGUCCUUGAUGGAGUUUAUUUGCUCAUUGUGCCUACCGCCAGCAUAAAGUAUGAUGCUGAGAAAGAAGCCAGGCAGUUCUUGGAAGCAAGACAAAGGGAAUUGCAGAGAAUAGAGGAAGCAAAGCAGAAGAUAGCUGACAAAGAUAAAGUGAAAGAAGAGAAACAAGACACUUUUGUAGAAAAGCUAGUUACUCAGGUCAUUAAAAAUCUUCAGCUGAAAAUUUCCAACAUCCAUAUUCGCUAUGAAGAUGAUAUCACAAAUCAUGAUAACCCCUUGUCAUUUGGGAUUUCACUUCAAAACUUAAGUUUGCAGACCUCAGAUAAGAAUUGGAAUCCAUGUUUACAUGAUGAAACUGCCAAGUUGUUCCACAAGCUUGUGCGACUGGAUAACCUUUUUGCUUAUUGGAAUGUGAAAUCAGAGAUGUUCUACCACGGUGGUUGUGAUGAGUCAUUGGUUAAUUUAAAACAGGGAGUUGCCAGCCACAACGUGAUUCCAGAUGGUUAUGAUUUUGUAUUCCGCCCAAUUUCAGCUAAAGCCAAACUCCUUAUGAAUCCUCGAUCUGAUGUUGACUUUUCAUCACCGAAAAUAGAUUUAGAUGUAAACUUACAGGAUAUAACUGUUGAAUUCAAUAAGCCACAGUACUUCAGUGUUGUGGAGCUUCUUGAGUCUAUUGAUAUGAUGACUCGAAAUCUGCCAUAUAGGAAGUACAGACCUGAUGUUCCAGUGCAUAACAACGCCAAGACAUGGUGGAAAUACGUUAUUUAUGGCAUCCUUGAAGUAAAUGUUCAACCUAAGCUCCAAAUGUGGUCAUGGGAACAUAUUUCACAUCAUAGGAAGCAAGUGAAGAACUAUAAAGAGAUGUAUAAAACAAAGAUAACGUCAAAAAAACCUAAUGAAGAAAUCUUAAAAUCAUUGGAGGAAUUCGAAAAGACCUUGGAUAUUUUUAACAUCACUCUAGCAAGGCAACAAGCAGAAGUUGAGGCAACUAAAGCUGGAUUGAAAAUCUACAGACCAGGAGUAAAACAAGAUGAUGAAAAUUCUGGUGGCUGGUUUAGCUGGAUAUGGAGCUGGUCGGGUGAAAAAAAGGAUGAACAGAGCCAAGAAAUAAAGGGUUCAAGUCUUGAACAACUGAUGACACAGGAAGAGAAGGCUAAACUUUAUGCAGCAAUUGGAUAUAGUGAAACAGCUGUGGAUCCAACUCUUCCAAAAUCAUAUGAAGCCAUGAAGUUCUCUGUGAACUUACUAAGCAUGUCGAUAUCAAUAAGAGAAAACAAGCAAACUCCUACGCUAAUAGAAAUUGCAUUAGCUGACUUGAGUACAGUAUUUACUCAACGGCCAGGUGCACAAGCAAUAAGGUUUGAAACAAAAAUUAACUCACUUGAAGUUACAGGUGUAUCUCAAGAAAAGUGUACACCCCGUCUCCUCUCUUCUCGAACUGUCUAUUCGGAUGAGAGUACUUCACUUUUAAGCAUAAUGUUUGAGACUAAUCCUUUGGAUGAGAAAGCAGAUCAGAGGAUUAGGAUAGAAUCGCAACCACUGGAAAUAGUGUAUGAUGCAGUGACAGUAAAUAGCUUAGUGGAUUUCUUCAGGCCUCCUAAAGAUGUACAUUUAGAGCAAUUGACAUCAGCAACUCUGAUGAAACUUGAAGAAUUCCGUGAAAAAACGUCAACAGGUUUGUUGUAUAUUAUUGAAACCCAGAAAGUUCUUGACCUCAAAAUAAACCUCAUGGCUUCAUACAUUAUUAUUCCACAAAAAGGAUUCUAUGAUCAUACAUCAAAUUUACUACUUCUGGAUCUUGGUAGUUUUAAAAUGAGGAGCAAAAGUCGUUCUGAUUUAUCGGAAAUCAAAGUAGGACAAACCUCUAUUGAAGAUAUAAUGUCAAGAGCUUAUGACAGUUUUGAUGUCCAGCUCAGCAGUAUGCAGUUACUGUACAGCAAACAUGAUGAGAACUGGCGAGAAGCUCGGAAGCUAAAAAAUUCAUCUCAGUGUAUCUUGCAGCCUUUGGAUGUAAAACUGGAAUUUAGCAGGGCUAUGGUUGUUACAGAUGCAAGAAUGCCCAGGUUCAAACUGUCAGGACAGUUGCCCUUACUUUCUAUCCAAAUAUCAGACCAGAAGGUGACAAGUAUCUUGGAGCUAAUUGAUAGCAUUCCUAAGCCAGAAAGUGCUCCUGCUACCAGUUCUCCUCCAAAAAUGACUGAGGCUGUACUGUCCCCUGUGCUUUCAGCACCACAUUUAUCUCAAAACGUGUGUCCUGUUUUGGAUCUUCAUUCAUUUGCUGAGUCAGAAUCAGAAGAAGAAUUUUAUGAUGCACUAAGCAGUCCUGUGGAAGAUGUGCCAUUUUUUGAAGUCCCAUCUGGUUCCCUCAAGCAGGCCAUCAGUACAAGGCGAAAAACCCUACGCAAACAAGAAUCUUUGAAAAAUAUGACAGAUUUCCAGCUAAAGUUUGAAGUAGCCGAGGUCUUAAUUAAAUUAUGCCGUCUUACUGGUGAUACUGAGAUGCCUGUGCUCCAGCUUGAUAUUUUGGGCUUAGGCACUGAAAUUAAGAUAAGAACAUUUGACAUGACUGGGAAUGCCUUCCUUCAUGAAGUUGGUCUUCUGUGCCCAGAGUAUAUUGAUGAUAAUGACAAGCCAGUUUACAUAAUUACUACAUUGGAUAAUGUAGAAGAUGAUCUUCUCACCCUGGAGUAUAUAAAGACUGAUAUUAAGGGACCAGAACUGAAAACUGCCUGUCAGAAUAUUCUACAGAAAAUAAAGGUGAACUUUUCUUCUCUAGAUGUUCAUUUGCAUACUGAGGCUCUGCUGAAUGCUAUUAACUAUCUGAAUAAUCUUCUACCUAAACAAGGAACUAAAGUUGUGGAAGAACCAGUCCAUGAAAAAACAGAGGAGAAGAAGGAUGUUCUUAAAAAAUUAACAUCAAAAAAAUCAAAGUGUGAAGAUGUUAUUGACCUCAUUAUCUGUGCAGAUUUAUCGUGUUUGCGUAUUUUUAUCAGAGAGAAAAGCCAUAGAAUAGCUGAAAUUCACAUUGAAGGUCUCGAUAGCCAAGUGAUCAUGAAGAAAGCAGCAACUGAUGUGACUGCAAAAUUGAAGAACAUCAUUAUUGUGGAUUCUGAUGAGACAGCAUUGUAUAAAAAGGCUCUUUACAUCACAGGAAAAGAAGUCUUCAACUUCAGAAUGGUAUCAUAUCUGAAUGCUACAGAUGGCAUUGCAUAUACAAAUAUGGAUGUUGUUGACAAUCGUAUUUACCUAACUGUUGGGUGUAUUCAAGUAGUUUUUGUCAACAAGUUUGUUUCAUCUAUUUUGGCUUUUAUAAAUAACUUUCAAGCUGCCAAGGAAGCUCUUACUGAAGCAACUGUUCGAACAGCAGAGAAAGCAGCUACAGGUGUAAAAGAGUUAGCAGAGCGUAGUUCCCGUUUGGCACUAGAUAUCAAUAUCAAAGCACCUGUUGUGAUAAUUCCACAGUCAGCAAUGUCUGCAAAUGUCCUGGUGGCUGAUCUUGGUUUAAUCACAGUGAAGAACCGAUUCUUUAUUGCUAAAACAAAAGCACGGUGUACUCUCCCACCUGUUAUUGACUCUAUGACAGUGAAAUUGAGUGAACUGAAGUUAUACAGAUCUUACUAUGAGCAAGAUUCUUUGCAAACUGAAGUACAGUUGCUGCAGCCAGUCAAUCUGGAAGUAGCUGUUGAACGAAAUUUAGCUGCUGCAUGGUAUAAUGAAGUUCCUGAUAUUGAAAUAUCUGGCCGACUCAAGCCUAUGAAUCUAAUUCUCAGUCAGGAAGAUAUUACCACAAUACUGAGGACACUAAAUGAAAAUGCAGGUGAAAGCUCUGGUGCAUCAACAGCUUUGCCAGAAUCAAAAGCACCAACUAGUCAUUCUAGUGAAACGCAUGGUACUUCUCAGCAGUCUGCAGGUGUAACUGUUGUGACAUCAGCUGUGGUGGAAUUGCAUUCACCUAUGAAAAUCAAAACAACACUAAAACUGGACUUCAGAUUUGACUCUCUUACUUUAGUGUUGUAUAGUCCAAAUUCAAAACAGGUUAACAGUUUGGAUCAGAGAGAUGACCUUUUGAAGCUUGCAGAAUUUAAAUUAGUUCUCAUGUCAGCUGCUCUGAAAAUGUUAUCAGAUGGUUCAAUGAAUGCGUCAGUCAAACUGGCAAACUGUACAUUAGAUGAUAAAAGACAGUCAAUCCAGAAGGCUACACCAAGAAUGGUGGAAAUGAAACAUGGAUUUGAAAAAAAAGUUAUGGUGGAUGUAAACUACAAACAGGGGAGAGAUGGCACUGUUCUUGAUGUUAUUGUUCAAGAGAUAUACCUUUGUGCAAGCAUGGAGUUUCUACUUACUGUAGCAGAUAUAUUCCUAAAGGCUAAUGCAGAAAGUGCUGCUGCACAGAGAAAUCUCAAGCAGUCAUUACCAUCAAAGGACCAAGCAUCUGUGCAGUCGGUAUCUACGAUGGAAGUGAACAUUGUUGUUAAAAAUCCAGAGAUUGUGUUUGUGGCUGAUUUAACAAGAAGUGACGCUCCUGCACUGGUGGUUACAACACAGUGUGAGGUCUUCAUUAAAAGUAGCCCUGAAAGGUACAGCAUGACAGCUGCUGUUAGAGAGAUACAGAUGAAAGCAUGCCCAUUUCUUCCAGAAGAAAGGAAAGGGAACAUUACUACGGUAUUGCAGCCUUGUGACUUCUUCUUUGAAAUGAAACAGUCAGGAACUAAUCCACAGACAGCUGAUCUAACCAUUAAAUCUCUAACAAUAGAAGUUUCACCAAUAAUCAUAAACACAGUAAUUACUAUUACAUCAGCUCUUUAUCAAACUACAGAAGCAACAAAAGAAGAGAUUAGUCAAAUUCCGCCUGAUUUGUGGAAUAAGAAAGAUAUAAAAAACCUGAAAAUGUGGUUUCUAGAAGAGACUAAUGAAAAUGAAGAUAAAAAUCCAAACACAGAACUGGUUCCCACAGGAGAGUCAUUGAAAAUUAAUAUAGAAUCUGUUUUUCUAACACUUGAAGCUGGGGUUGGGCACAGAACAGUGCCAAUGCUUUUAGCCAAGUCCUCAUUUACUGGAGAAGUCAAGAACUGGAGUACUCUAAUCAACCUGCAUUCUCGUCUUGAGCUAGAGGUACAUUAUUUUAAUGAGAUGUUUGGUGUGUGGGAGCCUUUGCUUGAACCUCUAGAAGUUGAGAAGACUGACUUAUUCAAGCCAUGGACUCUUGAAAUCAAGAUGAAGAAGGCUAAAAAAGCACUGUUUGAAUCAGAUGAUGAAGAAGAAGAGAACUACAAAGUUCCAGAAUAUAAAACAGUAAUAAAUGUUUCCUCAAAAGACCAGCUGAACAUUACACUGUCCAAGCUAGGACUGCAAAUGUUGAGUAACUUGGGCACGGCAUUUGCUGAAGCAGCUAGUCAAACUUCAGACAUCUUCAAAAAAGACCGAGCACCAUUUGUAGUAAUAAAUUCUUUAGGAGUUCCUAUCACAGUCUCGCCUAGUGAUUCCUUUAGUGUCCUUAAUGUUGAAUUUGGAGCAAAAAUAUUUCAUUUAGAAGACAAAGAGAGUUUAAAUAUGGAAUUUGUCAGAACUAGAAAUGAGAGUGACCAGUUCACAGCAAUGACAACCCUGUGUAGCAAGAGAUUUUACAUUCAGAUCUGUCCUCAUAAUCAUUCUGCUGUGGAGAAGAUUCCAUUGACUAAAGUGGGUCGAUGUACUUACAAAGUGAGACACGAGGAAUCAGGCGUUGAGAGGUCAAUUGUCAGUCAAAUUGACACGGUUGAAGGAAGCAAGAUGAUAACUAUACGUUCCCCUGUUCAGAUAAGGAAUCACUUUUCAAUCCCAUUAAAUGUUUUUGAGGAAGGAAGAUGUUUAGGGACUGCUUCACCAGCAAAUGAAUUCAACAUACCCUUUUCCUCUUACAGAUCCGUACUGAGUUUGCAACCACUAGCCAGUGAAAACGGAGUGGGUGGAGAGUAUGAUAUGUGUGAAGGAAUUACAUUUGAUGAAAUUAUGAAAAAUGUUGAUGGUUUAUUACAAAGGAAAUGCCAGUCUGUGAGGUCAACUAACCACUCACUUAUCAUCAAUAUUGUUCCUGUAAAAGAUUCAUUGACAACUUCAUUAAGUGCAGAAGAUGAAUGGGAUUUUCCAUAUGUUGUUCAUUUAUGGCCUUCUGUUCUUCUCCGCAAUCUUCUUCCUUACCAAAUAACUUAUUCCGUGGAGGGAAAUGGGAACAAAUAUGACACUCUACAAGAAGGAUGUUCAGCCCAGAUUCAUAAUGCAGUCUUGGACCAAACAAAACUAGAUUUGCAGUUGCUUAACUAUCUUGAUCAAAACUGGAGAACCGAGUACCAGAUAAAAAGCAAUGUCCCUGAUAUCAGCUUCACCACAUUUCACUGUGUCACAGAGCUGGAUAAGACUGAACUGGAUAUUGCUGUUCAUGUGACCUACACAACUGGGCAGAUGAUAAUAGCAAUUCACAGUCCUUACUGGAUGGUGAAUAAAACUGGUCGAAUGUUACAGUACAAAGCGGAUGGUAUUCACCGCAAGCAUCCUCCAGAUUACAAAAAACCCCUCCUUUUUUCUUUCCAGCCUAAAAACUUCCGUCAAAAUAACAAGGUGCAGCUUAGGGUAACUGACAGUGAACUGUCUGAUCAGUUUUCUCUGGACACUGUUGGAAGUCAUGGUUCUGUAAAAUGCAAGAGUCAUAAAAAGGAAUAUCAAGUUGGUGUCACCAUACACAAUAGCAGUUUCAAUAUUACUAGAAUUGUAACCUUCACUCCAUUUUUUAUGAUUUCAAAUAGAAGCAAAUACACUUUGGAGGUAGCUGAAGAAGGCAAGGAAAAGUGGAUUCCCAUUGUUUUGCAACAGUGGUGUGAGAAACAAUGGGAAAGGGAACUUAGUGGCAUGUGUAUUCCCUUUUGGCCUGAAAAUGAUGCCAACAAACUGCUUGUUAGAGUUGAAAAUUCUGAUCUCCCUCCAAAGAAGAUAAAUUUUGAUCAGCAAGAAAGCUGUCUUUUACUGCAUUUGGACAAUAAGAAUGCAAAGGUCACCAACACAAAAUAUUCACUGAUAUUUUUAAAUUUAAAAUUACUUUGUUCUAGCUCCCUCAGUGAAUUGGAAGACUGCCUUCAGCCAAAUAAGGCAGUGUUGUAUACUUGGGCAGACCCAACAGGAUCUAGGAAAUUGAAAUGGAGAUGUGGAAAUAGAACUGAGGAAAUUUCCCCAAAAGAGGACAAGAUGGAAAUACUCAGUGUGGAUUCUAGAAAAGCGGUCUAUUUAAUGUCGUUUUAUGAAGGUUUGCAGCGUAUUGUCCUCAUCACUGAAGACGAGAAUGUAUUUAAAUUGACAUAUGAAAGCGUAAAAGCAGAACUAGCAGAACAAGAAAUUGUUCUGUCUUUGCAAGAUGUUGGAAUUUCAUUGGUUAAUAAUUACACAAAACAGGAGGUGUCCUACAUUGGAAUUACAAGUUCUGAUGUGGUGUGGGAGACAAAACCCAAGAAGAAGUCAAGAUGGAGACCAAUGAGUGUUAAGCAAAUUGAAAAAUUAGAACAAGAAUUCAGAGAUUACAAUGAGCUAAGUCCUUCAGAAAAUAAGAUCAUUGAGUUGGAAUCUAAUGUUUUGGUAUGUUUAACUCCUAAUGGAGUGAACAUGAAGAUUCAACAGCCAAAUGAGAUUCCUAUCAGAAGAAAUUAUCUGCCAGCUUUGAAAGUGGAGUACAGUUCCUCUGCACAUCAGAAGUCUUUCAGAAUUCAAAUUUACAGGAUACAAAUACAAAACCAGAUUCCUGGAGCCAUAUUUCCCUUUGUGUUCUACCCUAUUAAACCUCCAAAGUCCAUCACCUUGGAUUCAGCACCAAAACCAUUUACUGAUGUCAGUAUUGUCAUGAGAACUGCUGGACACUCACAGAUAUCUCAUAUUAAGUAUUUUAAGGUUCUGAUUCAAGAGAUGGAUCUCAGAUUAGAUCUUGGCUUCCUGUAUGCAAUUGGUGAAUUCUUUACCCAGACUGAUGUGCCAAGUGACCAAGAGCUACAACUUUUCAAAAAGGAUGUUGAAUCUCUUCAAGAAGAACUAAUGAGUGUGUCAUCAAUGGAUACAUCACAAAUCAGCUUGUAUGAAUACUUUCAUAUCUCUCCAAUUAAGUUACACUUGAGCUUUUCACUCAGUACGGGUGGAGAAGAUAGUAACAAAGAAGAGAGAAAGAAUGAAUUGAUACCAUUUCAGUCCUUGAAUCUCCUGCUGAAGAGUAUAGGGGCCACCCUUACAGAUGUACAAGAUAUUGUCUUUAAGUUGGCAUUCUUUGAGCUCAGGUAUCACUUCUGUACUACACAGCAGCUCCAGUCAGCAGUUGUAAGGCAUUAUUCAAAACAGGCUAUUAAACAGAUGUAUAUUCUUAUUCUUGGCCUUGAUGUGUUGGGUAAUCCAUUUGGAUUCAUAAGAGGCUUGUCUGAAGGAGUAGAAGCUUUCUUCUAUGAACCAUACCAGGGAGCCAUCCAGGGUCCUGAGGAAUUUAUAGAAGGCAUGGCCCUAGGACUUAAAGCACUGGUAGGGGGAGCUGUUGGUGGAUUAGCGGGAGCUGCCUCAAGAAUCACAGGUGCUAUGGCAAAAGGAGUCGCUGCAAUAACUAUGGAUGAGGAUUACCAGCAAAAAAGGAGAGAAGCCAUGAAUAAACAACCCACUGGUCUGAGAGAGGGUAUCACUCGUGGUGGAAAAGGACUAGUUUCUGGUUUUGUAAGUGGCAUAACAGGAAUAGUUACAAAACCAAUAAGAGGAGCUCAGGAAGAAGGAGCAGCUGGUUUUUUCAAAGGUGUUGGAAAAGGCUUAGUGGGAGCAGUAGCUAGGCCCACUGGUGGAAUCAUAGAUAUGGCAAGCAGCACAUUUCAGGGUAUUAAAAAGGUUGCAGAUUCAUCAGAAGAUGUGAUAAGCCUGCGCCCACCUCGCUUCUUUGGUGAAGAUGGAGUUAUUAGACCUUACAGGUUAAGAGAUGGAACUGGAAGUCAAAUGUUACAGAAAAUUGAAAAUGGAAGAUUUGCAAAACUCAGAUAUAUUGCACAUGCUAUGGUCAACAGUACAGAUCUGUUAAUGGUAACAAAAAGCGGUGUGUUAUUUGUGACAAAAGGGGCAUUUGGACAGCUGACAUGUGAAUGGCAGUACACUUACGAUGAGUUCACCAAAGAACCAUUCAUCAUCGAUGGUCGAAGAUUGCGCAUAGAAGCCAAGGAACGAGUUAAAUCUGUCUUCCAUGCCAAAGAAUUUGGAAAAAUUAUAAAUUUUAGAAGUCCAGAGGAUGCUAAGUGGAUCCUUUCUAAACUAGAAGAAGUACGAGAGAAUCAGCCAAAAUUGUAAUGAAUGGAGAAGCACCAAGAUAUGAAGAACACUGAACAGCUUCCUUUUAAUUCUUCUUUCACAAGCAGAACUGUUUGAAUAUCAUCAACAAAAGCAAAAACAGGAGGGAGGGAAGAUUUAUCCAAUUAUUUAUUAUGGUCACAGCAGUCUAUAUCAGAAAAACAGAUGAUGUUAACUUAAAAAAAUACGUAAUGAUAAAAAUUGUCUGCCAAGUUUUGUCUUGGUUUGCUUGAUUUUUUAAUGUAAGUAUUUCAGGUUUCAUUUUUUAUAUAAGCAGUAUAAAGUGAGUUUGUCUUAACCUUUGAUACUGAAAUUGAACUCUGGAAUAAUUCUUAUGAUACUAUUUGGAGCAAACCUUGCAAUUUUGAUUUAAUUGUGAAAAUCAGUACUUCAUGUUUUGGUUUUAAUAUGACUUGAGGCUGUGUUGAAAUACAAAUUUCUUUGUCAAAGGAAAUGUUAACUUAAUCACUAGUGAUGUAACUCAGAAUAUAAGAAGGAGGCUACUGAUUAGAGAAUUUGAAUUUAGGUCACGAGGGGCUGCUUAGUUGACUAUACUAGGGCUUUUUGUAAAUGAAUGGACCAGGUCACAUUAACAGUACACUAUUGCUUUUAGUGUGAACUUUUUUACAACCUACUCAAGGAAAUAUUGCAGCACCUCUGUCAAUUAUUGCAGAAAAUUUAACAGUUUACAAAAAUGCGUAUUGGGGACAAUUAACUCUGCACUAAACACAUGAAUAAAAGCCUAUUAUUUUAAAUAGAAGUUAGAAACAGUCUUGCAACUCAAGAAGGAGUUUAUGGGGUUAUAAGUGCACUGUUGCAUACCAAAUAUAAAUGCCUUGAAUUACACAAUAUUGUGUGCUAAGCAAGUGACUAGUGAAGUCAAAUUUAUAUUAAAUAAUAAAUAUUAUAUGUCACAGUUGCUUUUAUUAACUUUUCUUACCCAAUGAAACUUCGUUUCAUAUCCAGACAGCAGUAUUUUAUUAGCUUGAAUGUCUGCAAUUCUGUUUAUUUCUUAGAUGUAGUAGUCAUAGUAUUGUUGAAUGGCCAUUUACUGCAGUUGAUACAAAAAGUACAUGAAACAAUAGUGUUACAUGAAGAUUUCUAUAAAUUCCCAUAUCAAAGUCUUCAAAGUAUCUUGUACAUAUAGAAAGCACCUCCUGCCAAAAUAUUAUUUCCAAAAAAUAGUUUGGAAUAUUUAUAGCUACAGGAUAGAAUUCUAACUUUGCUGGUGAUGCUUGAAGUAUCCAGACUGUUCCGUUAUUGUAAAUCUUAAACAACUAGCGUGUAACCUAUAGUUGCAGAUAUUUAAUUUACUGUAAGUCUUGCCAUUGGUGUUUAACCAUUUAGCAGAUUACUAAAUACCGGUAAUCUUGCAAUUUUCCCCAUAAAUUGCAAAUGGAAUAAAAAUAUUAUAAGGGGAUUAAAGACUAUUACAAUGAUGGUGUUACUCCAAUCAUUUUGUACACCAAGUACAUACCAAGAGUAUUAACUCAGGUUAUAUCAUGCCAAACUUCCAUACUUUGCCUUAGAUAAGUCGUGGUUUUAGGUGUACCAUUCUUUAUCUAUUUGUUUUUCAUCUGUCAUUUCUGUCUUGGGCAUGAUAGUUCAUUUAAAAGCCUUAUAAUGUUAUUGAUAAGUAGGUGGUCUCCUCUGCAUCCCCAGCACUUACUGCAAAUUUCACUUACAAUACAUCUUGUUUGUUCUUGUACAUUCCCAUUUGUGUGUAGCUUUUCCAUUUAUCAGAUUCUAAAUAUUUUCUCUCCACAGAGCCUCUAUUUUAGUUAUUUCUUACAUUUAUUUUGCCAACAAACUCGAAUUCUCAAAUCUUAGCUGGCUCUUUGGUAGUAUUUAAGCAAUUUAACUCCUAAUGUGGAAAAAUUUACUUUAAAUGUGCAUAUUUGUGGUUAAGCAGUUCAUGUUUUGGAAAAGAUAUAAAUUCCCCCAGACUGGCAUUUUUCUUACAGACUAUAAAAUUAUUUUGAUUUUCUAUCUAAAAGCCUUAAGACAGAGUCUGAAAUGUCCAGAAGUCAAUGUGGGACUUCUUUUCUACGUCCCUUGAUUUCCACUUGUAAUGAAAAUAUGAUUUUCAAUAGAUCCCUUUUCUAGUCCAUAAUUUGUGUCUUUUGAAUUAGUUGGGUUUUUUUAUAAAGCUUUUCCAUACUGUCAUGAAAGAAUUUUGUCAUUUCUUGACAAACACCAGUUGUCUUCUUUACCUAUAUAUCACCCCAGGGUGAAAAGUAAUGUAUUUAGAGACUUGUGCCAUCAUGAAAUUUUCUGGAUUACUGCCGGUUGUAUGAGAUGUCUUCUCUGCUGUGCCUCAUUUCUUAUUGCAAUAUGCAUAUUUUUUUCAACAAGAAGGCUGAAUAGGUACGUUAGCUUUUAUUGAAAGGGUAUAUGCAACUAGAAAAGGGGAUGUCGAUAAAAAUUAAAAUGUAGGCAUUUAGUUCUGCCCACUGUGGUGUUUAAAAGUGUAUCUUGGCCUUUACUGAAAUGCCACUUUCAGUAAAGAAAGAACCACUCCUCUUCAAUAUGACUGUUAUGUAAAAUUAAUACAUUUGAGAAAUGUCAUGUGUGUUCUCAGUUUGAUAAGGGUUACAAUUACCUCUAAGAAAUUGCUGAAACAUUUGUAAGUCUGAUUGUUGCACUUCCUUUUCGUUCAGCUGCAUGGCUUUCAUGGCAUGGCUCUAUUGGUUUCCACCCCAACUUACCCCACCCUUCUUAAUCUUGAAUAAAGAUAAACUGAAUUUUAUU